AUGAAAUCUUCAAAGUUGUCCAGUUAUAAACUGUGCGAUGCCCAUCCCAAAGCUCCAGUCUGCCUGGGUGUUCUCAGCACAGCUAAUUAUCAGAUCUUCCCCAGCCACGGAGCACUUUUCCCACAGAUUUUCCGACAACGCUUUAAAUACCUGCUGCUUUUGCACUGCAUUCCGGCCUUGUUGCAGGAUCUGGAUGAUCACGAGCCUUUUGGUACGAUGGUACCCCAGAUUGGUAUCCUCACAGAUGAUCUCGUAAUCUUCGUGUUGGGUGAUGAUCUAGAUGUGGUGUGA